GCAGUUCUUAUCAGAUAUUAGUAGGAGAAACAAAAUGGCUUCGUGUGUUACUUCAAACCUAGCUACGGCUAACUUAAACUUUUCUUUAUGCCUUUUAAAGCAUUUAUCUAAGGAUACUGAAAAUAUAUUUUUCAGUCCUAUAUCACUGUCAACCGUUUUUGGAAUGAUUUUUCUUGGAUCUGCCGGUGAAUCACAAAAACAACUAGAAGAUAUAUUCAGUUUUGGGUCUUUCAACAGUACUGAAGAUGUUCACAAGGAAAUGCUUGAAAUUUCGAAACUUUUUAGAGGACAGAAUAACAUUGAAUUGAAUGUUGCCAAUAGAAUUCUUGCACAAGAGAAGUAUACUUUUCUACAAGAUUUUAUACACAGUCUGAAAAAUUUCUACGAACAAGACCCAAUUAGAGUGAAUUUUGCAUCAUCUGAAAAGAGCAAAAUAGUUCAAGAUUUGAAUAAAUGGGUUGAAGAUAUAACAAAGGGUAAAAUCAAGAAUCUUUUAAAGGAGGAUGCAGUUACUGCACUUACUCGUAUGAUACUUGUAAAUGCAGUCUAUUUCAAAGCUGAUUGGGCUGAAAAAUUUGACGAACGGGCUACUCAAAUUAUGAAUUUCAUGAUCACUAAAGACGAAAAGGUAGAAACGCGAAUGAUGUAUAGAUCUGGAAAGUAUCGACUUGGCUAUAGCUCGAAUCUAAAUAUCCAAGUUCUUGAGCUUCCUUACAAAAAUCCAAACUUCAAGAUGCUUGUAUUCCUACCUUUGCCUCACCAGCAAGGUGGACUGUUCGCUUUGAAUGAAUUGCAAAACAAAUUGAAUAUUGAUAUACUAUCCAACAUGCGAGGUCAUUUCUCGUAUACUGAGGAGAAAAUUUCUGUUUUUUUCCCAAAGUUUCGCCUGGAAACAAAACUUGAAUUAGAAGCCGUUUUGCCCCAACUAGGUCUCAAAGACGUUUUUGACGAAAAGCUUGCUGAUCUUAGCCUUAUGACAGGUACCAAGGAUCUUUUUGUAAGCAGUGCAGUACAUAAAGCAUUCUUGGAAGUAAAUGAGGAAGGUAGUGAAGCAGCCGCCGCAACUGCUGCUGUAAUGAGUCUUAGAUGUGCCGCAGUCAAUCCAGAAUUUAGGGCUAACAGGCCUUUCUUAUUUUCAAUUGUGCAUUCGUCUUCUGGAACACCCUUGUUCUUUGGAAGAUAUGUCAGGCCAUAG